AUGGCAAAUCCAGCGUUAUCGAUUGACACAGGUGCAGCAGCCAACCUAGAUACAAAUUCUGUCUCCAAUUCCGUUGCAAACCAUGAGUUUUCUGCUGCCUUUAACUUAUCCGAUCAUCAAAUGAGGAAGAAAUUGCGUUAUUACUUUAUGAAUCCAUUGGAAAAAUACGAAGCCAAGAAACGAAAACCAUGGAAAUUAGUAUUUCAAAUUGUCAAGAUCGUCAUGAUCACAGUUCAGUAUGCUGCGAUAGCAGACACAGCCAUUGGAGCAUAUAAUUACCCCACAACAGAUGGAAGUGUACCUCCUAUUGAAUUUUGUGUUAAGAAAUAUGCUAACCUUACUUUUCACGCACAAACUCAACAGUACCGUUUCAACACUACAAUUUUAAAUAAUAUAAUUGUAAUAUUUCAUAAUAAUAUGUUUUAUCUCAUGCAAUAUAGAAUCAUUAUGAUAUCAAUGAAGUUCUCGUUAAAGACUAUCGAUCUACGACAAAUUCAAUUUUAUAAUGACCCAGAUUGUUACGAUUUAACCAUUAACGUAUCAAUUGAUAACUCAGAUCAUGAUGGGAAAGCGCUAAUUGAUGUACGGCUUGAUCAUAGGCGAUACCUAUGUUCGAAGAAAUCGAAUAAGCUGGACGAACUUUCUACUUAUUCCAUUACUGGGAUCAUUAUUGAUGUGAUUGUCAUUAUAUCUUGCUUGGUUUCGAGCAUAUUAUGUUUAAGAUCAAUGUUUAAAUCCGCUCUCAUUUCGAUGAUCGUAUCAGAACACUUUAAAAAUCAGCACAAUAAAAGUCUAACCCUCGAAGAAAGAAUGGAAUUUAUAAACUUGUGGUUCAUAGUUAUUGUAGCUAGUGAUAGUUUAACUAUAAUUGGGUCCGGCUUUAAGAUAUUUAUAGAAGCUGGGGACUUUCACGAUUAUGAUGGUUGUAGCAUCUUAUUGGGAACGGGGGUAUUAUUUGCUUGGAUUGGAUUCUUACGAUUUUUAAGUUUCUUUCGUAAAUAUAACAUUCUCCUUAUAACCCUGAAAGCUGCUUUUCCUAGUGUCUUGCGUUUCAUGUUUUGUACUGCUUUCUUGUACAUGGGCUACGCAUUUUGUGGGUGGAUCAUUCUUGGUCCUUAUCAUGAAAAGUUCCGGACUCUAAACACUGCAUCUGAAUGUAUGUUUUCUCUAAUCAACGGAGACGAUAUGUUUACAACAUACAAAAUUAUGUCCAAGGAAAGCUAUUCGGCCUGGCUUUAUAGCCGAAUCUACUUGUAUACAUUUAUUUCAUUAUUUAUAUACGUCGUCUUGAGCUUGUUUAUAUCCAUUAUCAGCGAUACCUAUGAAACUAUGAAGGUACACUAUAUAGCUAAUGGUUAUAAAUAA